AUGGACUCGGCUCCUCGAUCCUCGCGUUCAUCCCUCCGUGAAGCCCACGGCUACGCGGGCAGCAUCAGCAAUGCCGACUACACGCAAUCACCGAUCAACGCGCUGGAGCCGCAGUUCGCCGAGCUGGCCGACUCGAUGGCCGACCUCGAGGCCAAUUUCAUGCACCUGCAGCUGAUGCACGAGAGUCUGACGCGCUUCAGCGAGAGUUUUGCUAGUUUUCUGUACGGACUGAAUAUGAACGCGUUCUGUGUGGAUUUUCCCGAGGUACGAUCUGGAGAUGCGGAGAUCAAAACAAACCUGCUAAACGACCACCACAGGCCCCGAUUGCCGAUUCGUUUCGCAGAGCGCAGCAGGCCGAGUCGCAGACAGGUAGGCUAUGCGCAGUGGGCGCGAAUGAUGCGUGCUAAUCACUCAGACGCAGAUGAUCCGAUCCGAUCGACGGAAGAGGCAGAGAUGACUUUCCUGUGA